AUGGGCGCUGCUCUGCUCAGCAGCAUCGGUGGACUUGUGCGUGGAGAGGUAGAAAUCUACGAAAUCUUUGAGACGGUGGACAUGCUUGACCUGUGGCGACAGCAACCGGGAACCAUGCGCCGCGGUGCUCAGAUCUUGAAGACCUUGUACGACACACUCCACUUGCUGCAUGCCUUCUACGAACAGCUACUAAAGAGCCCGCCCCCACGCACCCUUCGGAUCAGCUUGCUCACCAGGGAGGUGCCUGUCGCGCUGCACGACGCUGCACGGUAUAGCCGGGUCCGGAUGCUACAGAAAGACGGAAACCCAUGCCUCUUCACCUACCGCGAUCCCCAGACGGACCAGAAGUUUGUGGCAAAGAUCGUGCGCGGCCUCAUCAACGGGGAUGUCCACUCCACCUGGGCGCUGGCUGGGUACGCGCCAAAGCUGGCAGCCGAGCCCGAGGUGGUGGCAGUGGACCUGGACGGCCCUUUGAUUCUCCUGCGCAUGGAAUUUUUGAGCACGGCCGUCUGGCGGUACCCGCCUGAGCUACUGGAUGCUGAGAAGCCGGCAGCACUCGACGCAGCCAAGCGUGCACUGGAUGUGGUGCAUGGCCUGGAGCUGCCUAGCGGUGGAACGGGCGUGCACGGCGAUUUGCGGGCCCCGAACGUGCUGUUGCGGGGGGACGAUUCAGGUGUCUGGCAUGUUGUUUUCUUGGACUGUGAUUGGUCCGGGGAACUCGGCAACGCUCGCUACCCUGACCUGCCCAAUCGCAGCCUUCAGUGGCCGCCUGGCGCAGAUUGGGAUGAGCUGAUCACCCAGGAGCAUGACCGAUGGCAACUUGAGCACGCAUUUGCUGUGCGAAUCGCCCUCAUGCACCUCUUUGUCCAACGCCGCUUGACUCAAACAAACAACCAUGUGUAG